CUUACGUUAACUGUACCGUAGCGCCCGCUAGAGUGCCCUCCGUGGUCCUGUCCUGUCGCGCCUGUAGCUUCUGGUCGAAUUAGGAAGGAUUAAUUCCCUCUUCUCAACACCAGCCUCCCCUCCCACUCUCUUACCUCUCCUCUUCAUCCUUCGCAGGCUGGGAACAUUUCUUUUCCCACUACACCCCACGCUGUAACAAGCUUGGAAACAUCAUAAUUCUUUUCUGACAACCCGCUAUCCUUUACAAUCUUCCGUUCGUCUUUACCGUUCUCGACAUUCACCCCUUGCGAACCGCUGGUGGUCUCGUUCCAAACCUCACGACAUCCCAUUCAUCAAAAUGGCGAGCAGCAGCAGACCACGAACUCCGAGCGGAGGUGUUGCGCCACCCCAGGACAAAGUACCAGCGGUUCCCGACAGCAAGAAUGUGUCAACACAACAACAAGAGGCCCCAAGGAGGUCGAGCUUGGGCUUACUUCUGCGACGAUCCAAGUCCGGCGACUUCGGCAGCAAGGGAAGCAAGAAACACCAAGCUCAUGCGCGCGAGCUUGAAUUGAAACGUCAACAAUGGGAAGCCGCCAACAAGCCAGCUCCGAGCUUACCAGUCCUAUACAACGGGGGUGCAGCACCAAAGCUACAGACCUUCGGUGGUGAGGAUCACGGCACCGGCCACUACGAAAACGGACGCGCCUCUAUGGAGCCUGGCAUGAGAUUGGGAAACAUUGCAAUUCCACCGAUACCCCCAAAUGGGGCUAAAAAAGGCGACUGGGUUGAUCCGUAUGCGCGAACUGAGAGCAUGACCCACCGCGGUCGGUAUAGCUACGCAAGCAGUGCCGUCAGCACCAUCAACAGCCCUCGGCGUGUGAGAAGGAGGAAGGAUCCCACACCAUUCAACAUUCUCAUUAUCGGAGCCCGUGACUCGGGCAAGACCUCAUUCCUCAAUUUCCUUAAGAGCUCUCUUGCACUCCCAGCAAAGAAGAGAGGCACUCGCCCAACCGACUUGCCCGAGGAUGUCUUCGGGGCACAAGCAGCGAAGACAGGCAACUUCAUCCCUCAUUACAUUGAGACUGAAAUCGACGGAGAGAAGAUCGGUCUCACUCUGUGGGACUCGGAGGGCCUGGAUACGACUGUUGUGGACCUCCAACUUCGCGAGAUGUCAUCCUUCCUCGAAAGCAAGUUUGAAGAGACAUUCACUGAAGAAAUGAAGGUUGUCCGCGCACCGGGAGUUCAGGAUACACAUAUUCACUGCGCCUUCCUCAUCAUCGACCCGGCUCGUAUCGACAAGAACAUCGCAACUGUGAAAGGAAGAGCCUCGAAUGACCAGGGCAGCCAGGGCGAUAAAUAUGCUCCCACUCCCCGUUUAAUUGGCGGCUUGGACGAAGACCUUGAUCUUUCAGUCCUCAGAACUCUCCAAGGAAAGACUACUGUUGUGCCAGUGAUCUCGAAGGCCGACACUAUAACGACUGCUCACAUGACCCACCUUAAGAAAACUGUCUGGGACAGUCUUCGCAAAGCGAAUUUGGACCCUCUCGAGGCUCUGGGACUAGAUGAUGACUCUGAUACCGUCAAAGACUGGAACCGCAUUGAUGAGCAGGAUGAGGAUGAGGAGGGCUCGGAACACAGCGGUAACAACUCUUCGGGCCCAGACCUGCCAAAUCAAAAUCCAGAACCUUCCUCAUCGCCUCAGUCUCAAAACCGCCGAUCGUCGGGAUCAAUCAGGCAUCACAAGCGUCAGCUGUCAAGUGAGAAUAUGACGGCAACUGACGAAAUUCCUUAUCUACCACUCUCAAUUAUCAGCCCAGAUAUCUACGAGCCUGGAGUUAUUGGUCGCAAAUUCCCAUGGGGUUUUGCUGACCCAUACAAUGUAGAACAUUGUGACUUUGUCCGCCUCAAGGAUGCAGUCUUCUCCGAGUGGCGCGGCGAGCUACGCGAAGCAAGUAGGGAGCUAUGGUACGAGGGGUGGAGAACGAGCAGACUGAAGCACCGCGAGGGCCCGGCCAGGCGAUAGUCGGAAAUGCUGCAAAUUUCCGCAAAAAAUACUUUCUAUUUCGGUCUAACGGCAGGCCUUUUGUUUCCAAACUAUUUUGUGUCAUUUUGCAUCCAUGCGUCGGUCGCAUUUGGCACGGCAGUCUGAUGAUCGAGAGCGAGCAAGCUUCGGCUACAUUGUCCCUUUUCAAUUUCUUUUGUGUAGGAACCUCACCCCAUGAGGACUCAUUGUUUGAGUGGUCCAAUUGAUUUGUUUCACUUACUUACGUUGCCAAGAUGCAGUAAGAUCUGUUUUGUUUAUGACCAUUCCAUCGCUCGAUACCAUCGAUCCGGCAGCGUGUGCGUGUAUAGGUUGUGUUUCACAGUCUCCUUUAUCUGGGGAUACUGAAAAUCGAGGGGCAGGCGAUUUAAAGUUUGUAGUGAUCGUGGCGACGAGUAGCUUAGCUGCAAUCAAUUGAUAAAACAAAAGUCUCUGC